GGCUGACGAACAAGACCUAUCAGGCUACAUAUCAGGAAGAAACAACCAAAAGAAAAACAACAACAACAUCGGAAUCGCAAAGAACAAGAACAAGAACAAGAAACACACAUCAUACGAUGGAAUCAGAACCAUCCUCACCCGACCAGCAGGAGAAACAACAAGCGGACGACACCAGCGAUGAUUUCAAUAAGAGACUACCAAAACAUCUCCAAUCACCAUCAGGAUCCAACAGGACAGACAAGACUCAUCCCAAUCUGAUGCCCUAUCCGAUCGAAUCCCUCGAACAGAUGGAUACCCACCUCGAGUUGAUCAUCCAGCACCUCCUCGAAGCUGCCCAAGCAAAAGACUUCGAACUUGCCUUCAAUUAUUGGCAGCAAGUCCUCGAGAAAUGGCUUGAUUUUCGAUACCCCAUCAAACGUCGUCUCAGGGCUCGUCUGGCUGCCCUCUACUACAAUCUCACCGUUUCUCCUGGAAUGGAGCCUGAUUGCGUUGCGCGAAUGGCCAAACUAUUAAUAAUUUUAAUCAAGUCAGAUAAAACUUUGGAUGUUCGAGAUCUUCAGUUGGAUUGGAAAGCACUCUACAAUGUGAUGAAACCUGAACUAUUCCCCAAACAGCGUGCCACCGGCCUCACAAACAUCUAUCUCACCUAUCUCAAUGUGGCCGAGGUUGCAAACGCCUACUUCCCUCCGCACACCACCAUGGAGAUCAUGGAAACCAUCUUGCCCCAGCUCAACGGCCCAGAUGUCAACACCGUCCUCAGCACUCAAUCUCUCCUAUGUCAUUUUUUACCGAUCAGUCAUCCCCUCCCUUGGCUUGAUUCAAUUUUCCGUCUUUGGAACACUUUUCAAAGCCAGAGUUGGGAUUCACAAUGGCUCGAUCUCCUAGCAAGACUCUCUCAAAAACAUUUGGAUCCCAAUGCUAGUGAUCCCCGUCUAGAACAUAUUCUGAAGAACCUCAAUCCUGGUGAUAAAUUUGAUGAUAAAGCUAUAGAAACUCUGUCAACCUUCGAAGGUCAAGAGGCUUGGUCCGGGAUUCAUCGGGACGUCGGGAUCUAUACAGAGCGUCAAUGGUCCUUCAUCAUGACCCAGUGUGUUCGAUAUUUUAGCGUGCCCGUAGGAUCCAAUACCGUCCAAGCAGUAGCCACCUACAGCGCCCGAGUUACCGACAUCAAAGUUUCUUCGCGGGUCCUCAAGAUGCUUAAACCUUCAGAAACGCUCAAGUCAUUUGCCAUCAUCAUAGUCACUUCAAUGACCGAGGAUCCCAAGUCGGGUGAAUGUCGCGCACUCACCUCGUUAUCCAGAUUGCUAACGGCCAUGGAAACCUUCUUCCAUCCAUCAAAUUACGGGCGGUGGUCGGCUAAGCUCGCGAAAUUCUUAAAUUAUCUCGCAAAACAAUUUGCUCGUCGGUGGACUUCAGAAUCUAGAACGGAACAAAACACACCUGCACACUGGAAGCUGACCGCCCGGAUCAAGAAGCGAUUUGUAAGCAUGCUCAGCAAUGUACUCUUGAUGUCAAUGUUUUCCAAGGACUCGACUACUGCAACUUGGACUCAACAUGCUUUGAAAAUCGCCGCCUAUCUCGAACCUAGCGUGAUGGUACCGCCAAUCGUUGAGCGUUCCGUCUUGGCCCUCGAGGGUCUAUUAGAGACUCAUCGCACAACAGCAUGCAUUGGUGCUUUAACGUCAGUCAUGGGAAGUAUGCUCAACGUACAGUCCUUCCGCAAUGUGACCAGCAGUUUACCGAUCAUCCUCGACUUACUUUUGCCGGGAAUUGACCCCAAUGAUCCAAGCAAAACGAUGUACACAGCCAUGCUGGUAUUACAAACGGUAUCCAAGAUCAAGAUCAGUGAGAUCACGGCGAUCAGUGGUGCCCAGGGGAUGUCCGAUCCUGAACAAUCGGAACAUCCCGAGCACGAAGACUUGAGCCAAUUCAACCCGAGUCAACCGGAUGAUGGGAUGAUCGUCCUAGAAUCUGAAAGCUUUCUGUCGGAGUGGGCACUGACCUACUUCCAACGAGUGAUGAGCUUCUUUGAGAAUCUGCCAGAGCCGCAAGGGAAACAGGAGAAGACGGGCGGCAAGCUCGAGGAAAACACGAUCAAUUUCCUGAGCGCCUCGUUUGAUGAGCUGUGCAAGUCCAUCUCCCCCGAGCUCUCGCCCAUGAUGGUCGACUAUUUCAAGACUUACGUCUCCGAUAACGUCCGUUCGAACAUGGUCAAGGCGGUCGGCUUGGUUGCUAGUUCUCUCUCCCGUGGAAUCUCCGGCUCUGUUACCUUCCAAUCCAUCUACCCUCUUUGCGAUGCUAGGAUCCGGGCUGAAUUGGAGGCCGGUGCGGCUUCCGUUCAUACCAUGUCUACCAAUUCGCCUAAUGGCUCGGAUCUUCGGCUACAUUGGUUCUUCAGUAUUAUCAUUGGAAUCUCUAAUAAUGCUGGCCUUGCAAUUUUAGGAUUCAAGGACUCGGUCUUGUCUUUACUCAAGUUGGUCUUAAAGGAUUGUAAAACUGAACGCUCUUAUCUCUAUACGUCGACCCUCCUCUAUACGCUCUUGAGGGCUUUGAUCGAAUACUAUCCUGAGGAUAGUCGGUUCUUAAACCCUAAUGAAUGGGAUAAUUUAGAUUCUAAAAAUCCUCAUCAAACGUUGUGGGGCAAGACUUACAAAGCUCAGGAUGCCAAGAUCCGCUGGCAUGUGCCAUCAUCGGAAGAAAUAGACUUUGCAAUCGUCAUUCUUGAGGAGGUGGUCCAACCAUACAUGCUCGAGCUCGAUGAAGAACUCCAAAAGUCCAGCCUCAACCAUGAUGAAAAAUGCAACUUCGUCAAGCUAUGUGCAGUUGCAAAGUUUGUAAUCUCUGGGAUCUCGGCCUUUGUCGUCAUCGGGUCCCCCGAUAAUCCUGGGAAUCCAUGCUCUCAUUGGGGAGAGCCUCUGCCAGGGGCUACAGACGACUUGCCGAUGGUGCGUACGGGGAUCCCGCUAGCGAGUCCGGAUGGCCGCUGGGCCAGAGUGGUGGAGUUCAAGAGAUCGGUCUCCGAGCUGGCCCAUCAGGCGGCGACCAAAGUAUCGCUCUUCGAUGAUAACAUCAAAUGCGUCCAGUCGAUCGUCUCUUUGAUGUCCUCAAUCCUCUUGGAUUAUGCCUGCGAAAAUCCCGUGCACGAUUAUCAUAAGGAAAACUAUAAAUUCGUCCAGGAUAUGAGUCGCAUAUCAAAGUCACAACAAGAAUAUCCAAGGGUAUACUGGAUUCGUCGGGCGCAGUUGGCACACUUCACCAGAUUGCGAUCGCUCAAGCUCUUCAUUCAACGCAGCUCGGUCGACGAUAAAUUGAUCCAGGAUCUGACCGAGUUCUCCGUUUCUUCGUGGGUCUCGAUUAGACGAUCGGCACAGAAAGUAUUGGAUGCAGUCUGUAACAUUUAUGAUGGCAGUCGGAACUUGGUCUCGCCCACCUUGUUCGAAUCUCUCAAGCCUGGCGCCGAGUCCGAUCGAACUAAAGGCGCCAUCUACGUCUUGGCUUCCAAGACCUUCUUGAAAUUUUGCAUGGCGGACCCUCAGUCUUGCUCUACUUUCUACUUGUCUUUGUUACGCUGUCAGCAUUCUGAAAAGUCUUCGAUUCAGUCUUUGGUCUCCAACUUACUUAGUCAAUUGAUUUUGCGGCAGCAAGAGCUAUCCACUUUGAAAAAUACGAUUGAGUUGGAUAGCACCAAUGAGAUGAUCAGAUCUUUGAGUUCUGAACUGACACGUCACUCCAUCAAUCCUGAGAUCUCCAAAACGCUUGAGUCCAGGAGGCAAGCCCGUGUUGCAAACAGGAACACCUUGUCACAUCAAUUGGUGGAUGAUUUGCUUGAGAUUGCCAAGGCAAGCUCUACACACUGGAAGUACUCUCUUCAUGCCAACCGCUUGUUGAGCAGUAUAGUCAGACGCGAUGAGCCGAUAAGCGUGACAGUGGCCAUUCACUUUGUGAACGAGCUCAUGAACUCCGAGCUGCCCUCUAAGCGAAACCAUUCCAUUUCCGCCAUCACUAAGAUCCUUCAUUUCGUCAAACUUCGGACGUUCAUCAAAUCAGAUGAAGAUCUUUUGACAGGAGAAUCACGCAAUCCUCUAAGAAUGACCAUCGAUUUUCCGUCUCCACAGGAUCGCGAACAGUUUGAAAAGUUCCUUUCAGGGCUACAGCGACCAUUGAAUGAUCAUCCGGAGUAUUUGGCUGAUAAGUUCUGUAGCGGAUGGUUAAUCUGUGGGUCGGAAAAGGUACACAAGCCGCCCGAUGAGUCGGUUGGAACCACGUGGGAAAGUCCCUCCGGCCCAGCUCUUAUCGCCUUGGGUGAAAUCAUGCGACAGAAGGUUUUCUGGGAAAAGAUGGCCGCUCAUCUCAGUCAAGAACACACGAGAAAUUAUCUUUCGUCUGAGAAUGUGAUGGUCUUCAAGUCGAUUUUCCAAAUCUUUGGUGAUGAACCAUGGCCAAGUCUUUUGCCCACAUUGGAAGAAUUGCUUGUAGACCCAGAGGAUCGGCACAAGCAGAGAGCUGCAGCUGAAAUCAUUAGUGGGGUCAUCCGGGGCGCGAAACAUUGGCCUUUGAAACAACAACGAGUCGUCUGGAGUUGGUUCGGGAAUUCGUUGAAGAAGAUCUACGAUUCGAUCACUCCAGCCACGUUAAGUGCCUGGGUGAUGUGUGUGGAUUAUAUUCUAUGGGGGAGGGACCCUCGAAGAAAUCAACCUCUAGUUGACUUCAUCUUGAACUUGGAAACGGAUAGCAAUACUUCUGCCUUUUUGACGAGCAAAGCCCACCAUUUCAUCGGCGCUCUUCUCCGGUCAUUGGCUUGCAUUCAUGCACCUAUACUCCCCAAGGUUACGGAGCUUAUUGGAAAUCUAUCAAUUCACGAUUAUCGCGAGGUUCGAACUUGCGUCAGUUUAAACUUGCGAGGCCUAAACGAAGCUGAAACGCAGCCGUCAUUUCGGGAUCUCUCAUCUUAUCUGGAGGCUUGUCGAGCUGGAACUGAUGAGCCUUUACUUGUCGACCAUACGCUGCUGAAUGAGGUCCUGCCGAACCUAUUCAAAGACCUGGAGAAGUUUAGAAAACUCAGAUUGCCUGCUCAACAUGGCGACCAGGAGUAUGAUAAAUGCUCGAUGACGAUAUUGGCAUGGCUUUGGUCAUGCUUAAGCGAUGUGCAAGCCGCCGCUGCUUAUCCUUUCAUCCCCCAAAUCAUCCCAGAUCUUUUCUACAUGCACGAGAUGAUUGAUAAUCAAGAACUCAGCAAGCUUUCUUAUGCCACCUUGAUGAAUCUGGCGACCCUUGCUUGGCCCUGCAUGUUCGUAGACCGCUUCUUGGCUACCUUGCUGGAUCUAUCUCAGGCAAAGAGCUGGAAGGUCCGAUUGGAUGUGCUCACAGUACUCAGAGUGUUUUUCUUCCAUCAAAUCUACAAUCUGAGUAGACCACAAGUAGAGGAGGUGAUGGAAAGCUUAUGCAAGUUAUUAGAAGAUUCAAACAUGGAGGUACGAGAGGCAGCAGCAACGACAUUAUCAGGGAUCGUGCACUGUUCGGAGCGAGAGUCGAUCUUACAUCUCAAGGAGAAGUUCACCAAGAUCUUACAAGAGAACCCGGUGCCCAAGCAGAGAUUCUUGGAGAACGGGGUCGAGCGGCCGGGAUACCAGGCCACUCUGAUCAAGAUCCAUUCUGCCGUCCUCGGCUCUUCGGCUCUCGUCAACGCCUUUCCUUACGAUGUUCCCCCCUGGGUCCCUCAGAUCUUGAUCCAUAAUCUUUGCGCCCAUUUGAGCUCCCCUCCGAUGAUCUCUACUACCGCUAGAAGCACCCUGACCGUCUACAAAAAAACUCACCAAGAUACUUGGUUCGAAGGGCAAAAGAUGUUUACUGAGGAAGAGUUAACGAUCUUGAACGACUGCUUGGUCGGCUCUUCUUACUACGCCUGA